CGCGCCGCUCGCCGCGCCGGUCGCAGCGUCGCUCGUAGUGAUGCUGGUCGCCGGGUGGGUCGCGGGGCCGGUCUCGGGGCAGGCCAUGAUCUUCAAGUCAUCGGCACUCAAAGGCUACGGAUUCAGUGAGCCGGACAAGAUGCUGGGCCCCUACUACAUCCCUGACCGCCAGUGCUCCGGCGUCGUGCACAACUUGACGAGCGCGUGUCGCUACGUGAACGCGGUGCGCGUGUCGGCGACGGACGCGGUGGGUUACCCUGACAUCAGCAUAGACGGACUGCUGGAGCGCGCGGCCGUGCGGCGCCGCGCGGGUCCCGCCGGCUGCGCGGGCCGCGUGCGCGUGCACGUUGUUGUGGGCUGCGGGAUGUCGCGCCGCGUCGCCCGCGCCGCUCCCGCCGUCACAGCAGACGCCUCGCAAUGGCCACAGCCGCAGUCGGGCCGCCUGCCGCCCUUUUCGCCUUCGCCCUUUUCUGUCGACGGAUAAUAAUGUCGACCUAAUAUAAAAAUAAUAAUGCUUUAUCGAAAUAAAGUUAAGUACAGAACAAUAUGAAAUAAAAUCGACCGUCACUUACAAAUGUUUACCCUAAGCAAAGAUUUGCACGAUAACGAUGAAUUAUAGAUAAAAUUGUAGAGAUGGGAUAAGUAUAUAUAACACCUUGUAAAAUCUGUAAUAUCUUUAACAGAAUGUUUCCUAUCUACGAAGACCUCCUUUCAAAUUGGACGUGUUACAAAUGCAUUAGUUACGUGUCAUACUCGUACAUAGUAGCGCCACAACAACAAAGUAGAUAAGGAACUAUCAGAGCCCACGUGCA